AUCUGUCGGAAGCAGUAACAACAAUCUUUCUGCUCAGGCUCUGAGUCCGAGAGUCCGAAGAGCUGUCCGUCCUGUCUUGUGCGUUUUUGUCAUUUCGUACACGUUUCAAUACGAAAGUCGUUCGAAAUGGAAAUUUGCAUGGACGGAGACACAAGUAAUAAAAGAAAAAUUAUACAGAGCUUACGGGCUAAUGUCGACUUGGCUUGUCAAAUUGCCGAGGAAUUCACGAAACUGUACUACAAGUAUAUCGACAAACAGAGAAAUAUAAUCUCAAGAAUGUACAUGGACAACGCUAUUCUGAUGUGGAACGGAAAUGGCGUAGCCGGCAAAGAUAAUAUACAAACGUUCUGGACAGAUCUGCCAUCCUCAGAACAUACUAUUUAUACUCUUGAUGCUCAGCCAAUUAUACGUCCAGACGACGGUCAAUUAACGAUUCUGAUCAAGGUUAGCGGUCAAGUGAGGUACAAGGAGAGCUGCAAAAUGUUUAAUCAAACGUUCCUAAUUACAGCCGCGGAUGAUAAAUGGAAAAUCGUAAUCGACUGUUUUCGAACGGUCGACCUACCACAAUAACACGAGAUACUAUUAACUAUUGGGGACCUGAUAAGACUGCAAUAAGACUGCUUAUUAUAAUAAUUAUUACUGUGAUACAAUAGUUAAUAAAGGAUGACAGUUUGUAAGCUGUGAUAAUUUCCCAAAAAAAUGUUUAAACAUUAAAUAAUAUAUAAAUAUA